GCAUCACCUCUCUCGGAGAGCAUCCAGCAGACCACUCAGGCGGAGGAUGUGGUCAUCUACAGCAAAUCAUGGUGCCCGUACUGCGCCAAGACGAAGGCGCUGUUCGACGACAUGGCGCAGCCGUACACGGCCAUCGAGCUGGAUCAGCGUGCCGAUGGCGACGAGCUCCAGGCGGCGCUGCUCGAUCUGACGCAGCAGCGGACGGUGCCCAACGUCUUCGUCAAAGGGCAGCACAUUGGCGGCAACGACGACUCGCAGCAGGCUGCUCGCAGUGGCAAGCUAAAGGCGCUGCUGGAGGCG